ACCAGCUGGCGCACCUCCGCCUCCUGCCCUCGGGGAGCUGGAUAUGCUCCGCAGGCUCAACCUCCGCAGGAACCUCCUACAGACCAUCCCUUCAGAGUUGUGUUUCCUCCGGCUGGUGCUGCUGGACCUGAGUGGCAACCGCAUCGCCAUGCUGCCCACCGAACUCCGCUUCAUGUCCUCGCUGGUGACGCUGAGCCUGGACAACAACCCCCUGCAGCACCCGCCCGCCAAUCUUUGUACAAGAGGGCGAGUCCACAUCUUCAAAUGGCUGGAAAUGACAGCGGCAAAGGAGGACAAGAAGAGAGGUGUAUUAUCCGAAGCCGAAUUCCGAAAACUAAGGAAGCCUUCGUCUGCUACAGAUUUCAGAUUUGUCAAUGGGUUCUUUGACCCACGCCACAAGCGCAGUACGAUGGAUAGUGGGUACAGCACAAGUGAGAAUGGUGACCAGAGAUGGUCACAGGAGAGUCAGGAGAGCCUAGAGUAUGAAGAUUCACGAAAGCUAGCGGUAAUGGCUGCCACCUGUACAAAAGAGCAAAGGCAGGAGAGGGGCAGGAGUGGCCCUCCAUCCCGAUCAGUCAAUGGAUUACCUAAUGGGGGCAUGAACACUGGGGUUAAUGGGUCGCAGGGAAUGAAUGGCUCAGGUUAUGGGGCACAACACAGCACAGACCAUCCUACAAGUGGCUUGUCAACACCAAGUACACUAAGUCCUGGUGAUGGAUUCAAUUUAGAAGAUGAAUUCAACAAGGUAAUGGAGGCAUUGAAACUGAAACAGGACUAUGAAAAUGUUUAUGGCAGUGAUCAUUCCCCUGUGAAAGAAAGCAACUCUGGUGCUAUUUGGAAUGUUGGGAGUGGCAGCCACAGCAGCAGCAGCAACAGCAGCAACAGCAACCACAGCAGCAACACCAACGGGGGCAUCACCCUUCGUCACCCACCAGAGCCCCCCCAUCCCCUUAACCCUGAUCCUGGAGGGGGUUAUAUCCCCUCCCUUCACCCCCCCUUCCACACACCCCACGCCCACAUCCCCACCUACAGAGAAUAUGUGGAAGCUAAAUUGCAAAAACGAGCGAUGGAAAACAACAAUAUCUACAGACGGCAGGGAUCAGAAGGGAAUUCCCCCACAGCAGAAAAUGGAACACACAGAUCAGUUGAAAAUAUUUCCCACCGGAGCGAGAUGGCGUCCUAUCCUAGACCAAAUCCUAUGGGGGCGUCCAAACCUCCUUGUAAUGGGCUUGAUGGGUAUUCACAAAGGUUGCCAAGCCAACCGCGACCGCAAGACCUUAGUCGGGAGGAUAUGACACGUGCCGAUGUCAAGAACAUUCAGAAGGAAGCAGUGUUGUCUUAUGUUAAGUCUCGUGUUAGCCCUAGCAAGGGUUCAGCCUCCAACUCCCCUGACGUAAGCUUUGACUCUGGGGACGGGCCUUCGUAUCCCCAAGUCUCCUCCAACUCCUCACACCUACAACACAAUGUGCCACAUGCCACCAGCUUCUCAUCUAGUCCAUACACCAGCCAAAAUGUUAGUUACCCCAUAAGUGCUCCUCAAGCCUCUAGUACACCAUUCACAAGCAGUAAUAAUAUGGCCAACCCAUAUCCCAGUGCAACCCACCAGAGUACUUCCCAGCCCAGCACCCCACAUGCGAGUACGUAUGCAAGCAGGGGCAGUAAUGGCUCGUUGCCCAAGACACCAAGCACAGUCAAGGCUCGAAAGAGGAGUGGAGGCGGCAGGCCCUUUGAUCCUGAUGCGUCUCCUGCUCAUCUGAACUUCACCUACAGACGGGAGAUGGAGAAACAGCAGCAUGAGAAGCAGUUGAUAGAAAAUUUAAGAAAUAUAAUUGAAAGCAGAUUAAAGGUGUCUUUGCCAGCUGACCUCUCUGCUGCCUUGAUGGAUGGUGUUGUGCUCUGCCACCUAGCAAACCAUGUCCGCCCGAGAUCUGUUUCUUCUAUCCAUGUUCCGUCUCCGGCGGUGCCAAAAUUGACAAUAGCUAAAUGUAGGUUGAAUGUUGAAAACUUCCUUGAAGCUUGCCGGAAAAUCGGAGUAGAAGAUGACUACACUUGCAGUGCACAUGACAUUUUGGAAGAGAGAGGGACAGUGCGUGUGGCCAUAACUGUCGAGAGAUUGCUUCAAUUCUACCAGGGACGCCAUGCACCCAUGUCGCCAAGAAACCAGACCCCAGUAUGACAGCCCCUCUCCUGAGCUCCUCUGCAACCCCCAGUAUUAUCAUGUCCUGUCAGACUUGCAGAUUGCAGUUUUUUCUGUGUAUAAAGUGAAAAGGACAGGAUGUAGAUAGAUUCUUCUUUCUCAUUUCCCCUCCAUUAUGGGGCCAACUCUUUUUCAGAGGAUAAUAUUCCUGCCACAUAAAGCAUUCUUUUGUUCUUCUGCAUAUGUCUGUUAUAUAAGAGACUUGAACAGUUGGCUGCAUUCAAGGCUUGUGCAGUUUGCUGUUUUGACAAGAAGGAAAAAAAUGUGCUUCCCUUGUACUGUCAUUAUUCAAGCCAAAGGCAAUUUGUUAUCAUCAGCGAAUACUCUGUGCUGUUGUAAAUUAUUUUUUUUAAAGGAAGAAACUAAGGUUUGUUCUUUUUUUAAGAAUUUAUUUUUUUUCAUAAUCAUCCAUGACCUUUUUUUUGCUCACUUCAAGGUCAUCAAAUCAUUCCUAAGUAAAUUUUAUACUAUAAAGCUAUUGUGUGCUUUUAAACUGUUCCUUUAGUCAUGUUAUAUAUAUAUUUUUAUCUUUACACAGCUCUCUCAGCAUCAUACUCAUAAGCUGUCUGUUACUGUCAAAAGUACUGAAUGAAAUUUGCUCACUAUUUAUGCCAUUUUAUGUAGAGAGAGAGAGAGAGAGACAGAAAAAGUGUUCAAAAAGUGUCCAAUGUGUGGGUUGUGCUAAAAUGAUGACCUAGUCCAUGGUUCUUCAAUUUUCAUUUCUGUAUUUGGAGUUUCCAAUUUUUAGCUUGAUUUUUAAAUGUUUAGGAAAAAUAUUGCAUGUUGUAGUACCCCAUUUUUAUUUUGGAAUUGUUUAGAUUUUACUCGGACAUUUACUGUCGAUGACAAUAAUAUAUUGUUUUGAUUAUCCAUCUCUGAAGUUGAAAUGGGCAUUAAUACAUUGUUAUAAAAAUGUUAAAGAAUAUACAGAAGAAAGACCGAUCUUGCCAUCAUUAUAUAAUUGUUGAAAUACUUUAUAUCACAAGAACUAAUUAUAACACAAGAACAAAAUUGGUUCUCUUUUCAUUUUACUGCCCAUAUAACAAAAGAUGAAUAUGUGCAAAGGUUGGAAUAAUCUAUAAAAA